UUCAACACUUUUAUACAUCUACUCUUGAUAGACUAAAUCUGUUAAUUAUAACCAGUUGCUAGAAAAAUGAGCUACAGAAUUGCUAGAUCUACUUUGGCAUUGACAAUAAUCAUAAUCACAUUUGCAACAUCUUGUGAUGCUCAAAUUACAGAUGAGACCUUAUCAAGUGCUGGGAAGAAAUUCGUGGUCGGGUUCCCAAGAAAUAGUGGUCAAAGAGCAGACGAGUUGUUUUUGUUUAUCACAAAUCCAGAGUCAAGUGCUGUUAAUUUUACAGUCUCUCUAAUUAAUAUCAGUGGGAACGUUUCUACAUCUUCAACUAGGGUAAACGUUCCACCCAGUUUUGAGGUAUUUUCUGUUAAUGAAAGGAACAAGGGGAUCCUUGUUGAAGCUGACGGAAACAUCAAUUUGUAUGGGAUGUCUUUUCAUCAAUAUACUGCAGAUGCUUAUUUAGCGUUACCAUGUUCUAAAAUGGCAGUUGAUGAAUACGAAUAUUAUGGAAUCUCCUACGACACCAUUAGUAGUACUACCUAUUAUCCUAGUGUGAUUUUGUUGGUGGCUUGUGAAAAUGAAACUGUUGUAAAAUUCAAUUCCUCAACAAUCUCAAUAAAUAGUAUGGAAACGUAUCAGAUUGAAAGUGAUAAUGAUCUCACAGGAACAAGAAUAACUAGCUCCAAACCUUUGUCUGUGUUCAGUGGAUCUGAUUGUGCUAAUGUUCCUCAAGGUAUACGCUACUGUGACCACCUGGUUGAACAAGUGCCUCCGACUGUCACAUGGGGCUCAAAAUUUCUCGUGGCAUCUCUCGAGGGUAGAUCUUCUGGUGAACGUAUUCGUGUUCUUAGUGCCCGAGCAGCAAGUGUAGCUGUGAACUGCAACACUAUCGUAUCAGUCAGUGAAUUCCAGUUGCAGAGUGGAGGGAGUUUCAGAGAAUUUGAAAUCCCUAUUAACAGUUUCUGUAGCAUUGAAUCCACUUCUCCAGUACUGGUCGCACAGUAUGCGUAUGGUAAGGUGAGUGAUGGCUUCGGCGUGGGAGACCCAUUCAUGAUGAUAAUCCCUCCAAUUGAGCAGUUUACAAAUAACUAUUUUGUUGAAGCGUUUCCUAUUUUCGUAUCUAACUAUGUCACGGUGUAUGUUUCUUCUGAGUUUUUUCAAACUGCACAAAUAGUAUUAGACAAUUCCAUUGUUACUGGCUGGAGGAAUGUUGUCUGUUCAAGUGGAGAGAUUUGUGGUCACAUAAGUAGAAUAAAUGUGUCUUCUGGAGCUCAUUUUAUCCGCCAUCAAAACAGCUCAGCCGUUAUAGGUGUUUCAGUGUAUGGAUUCGGCGUUACCAAUUCUUAUGGUUACCCUGGAGGCAUAAGAUUAUCUCCCAUACAAUGCAACUGUGGUCAAAAUUCUAUUUGCUUGAAUAAGAUGGGACAGUUCAACUGUAGCUGCUUGAAUGGAUUUGUUGCUUCAUUGUCUACAAUAGAUGAACUCAUCUGUAGCGCUAUAACCUGCCCUCCCUUGACUGCUCCUAUCAAUGGCUUUGUGACAUACAAUAAUAUUUCUGAUAAAAACGGCAACUAUUCUUUCAAUACCAUGGCUAACCACAGUUGUGACACUGGGUUUGUUCUCGUUGGUAACAACACAAGGACUUGCACUGGAGAUGGUAGCAGCACUACUGGUGUUUUUGAUGGAGAAGCAGCAUUUUGUGAACCUAUAACCUGUCCUCCCUUGACUGCUCCUACCAAUGGCUUUAUGACAUACAGUAGUUCUACUUCUGAUGAAAACGGCAACUAUGCUUUCAAUGCCAUGGCUAACUACAGUUGUGACACUGGGUUUGUUCUGGUUGGUAACAACACAAGGACUUGCACUGGAGAUGGUAGCAGCAAUACUGGUGGUUUUGAUGGAGAAGCACCAUUUUGUGAAUCUAUAACCUGUCCUCCCUUGACUGCUCCUACCAAUGGCUUUGUGACAUACAGUAGUUCUACUUCUGAUGAAAAUGGCAACUAUACUUUCAAUGCCAUGGCUAACCACAGUUGUGACACUGGGUUUGUUCUGGUUGGUAACAACACAAGGACUUGCACUGGAGAUAGUAGCAGCACUACUGGUGUUUUUGAUGGAGAAGCAGCACUUUGUGAACCUAUAACCUGUCUUCCCUUGACUGCUCUUAUCAAUGGCUUUGUGACAUACAGUAGUUCUACUUCUGAUGAAAACGGCAACUAUGAUUUUAAUGCCAUGGCUAACCACAGUUGUGACACUGGGUUUGUUCUGAUUGGUAAAAACACAAGGACUUGCACUGGAGAUGGUAGCAGCAAUACUGGUGGUUUUGAUGGAGAAGCACCAUUUUGUGAACUUACCUGUGUCCUGCCUGCCCCUCCACUUAAUGGAGUGUUGCUUACCAACGCUCAAAACACUGACCAAACCGAGAGCUCAGUCAUUACCUUCCAAUGUGAUCCUGGUUUUUCACUGGUGGGUACAGAGACUGCCACUUGUAACAACUCUGGUUUAUGGGAUCCUGACCCUGCUCUAUUGGAGUGUGCGGCAAUAACUGGUGUAUGGUAUAUUGCUGCUUUAUCUGGAGGUUUUGUUGCUAUAGUGGUGGUACUGAUCUUACUAGUCGUCAUAUUUCUCUUAGUACUCACUAUAAGAAAAACAAAUAGACAACUGUCAGGCAAUGAAGUUCCAAUAGCCCCAGCUGGUCCAGUAUACGAGGAAGUUGAUCUAGCAAUGAAAAAUAGACAAAUGUCAGAUAAUGAAGUUCCAAUAGCUCCAGCUGAUCCAGUAUACGAGGAAGUUGAUAUAGCAAUGAUACCAAGAACACAAGACAUUCAAUUGGAGUCUAAUGAAGCUUAUGGACAAAUGGCAAAGCAUUAUUAAGCUGCAGUUGAAUCAGGCAUAUGAAUACACGAGUACCUAGGUUGAUAAGAACGACAUACUCAAAAGUAAUGUCAUUACAGUUUCCUUUUAAUGUUAUUUUUGAGGGUAUAGCACUCUUUUAUAUUAUAGCAGUUAGCUAAACAAGCAACUUGUUAUAUCCUCUCCACAUUAGUAAAAUAGACAAUUCUGCACAGAUAUAAAUUAUGUUAAGUAAACAGUUUUUGUUUGCUCCGACAUGCAUUUCAAAAUCAGAUUUUUCUGAGUUGUGGGCAUAGUAAAACGAACUAAAUGCAUUUGUGCAAACAUUGGCUGAUAGGAAGCUACAGGCUUACUCAGGAACAUCACUACAACACCUCAUGCUUCCAUGUAUUCUACUGUUUUCAACCAAUCAGAUCAAUUACAGAUGAUGUAAUGUAGUCUAAGUAAAAUAAGGGACCUCUCAGUGACCAAUCAGAUUUCACCAUUUGUGACAAGCAUUUUCAAUAGUAGAUAUCUAUAGGGGGGGGCUUAGUAUUUAAGAGAUCUAGCCUGUAGCUAUAUAAUCAUUAUACCUAUAGUGAUGUUGGAGUUUGCCUCACUCAUUAUAAUUAUAGACUAAACUGUUAAUCAACUAGUUGCCAACAAAUUUAGAAUAAUGAGCUACAGAUUUGCCAGCUCUACGUUGGCAUUGAUGAUACUCAUAUUAUCAUUUGCAACAUCUUGUGAUGCCCAAAUUACAGGUAGGACUAAUUAUUUUAUGCAUGUACUAAGUCGAAUUGUCCAUUGAUCCUAGAUGAGACCCCAUCAAGUGCUAGUAACAAAUUUGUGGGCGGUUUCCCAAGAAAUGAAGGUCUAUCAGCAGAUCAGCUGUGUUUGUUUAUCACGAACCCAGAGUCAAGUGCUGUUAAUUUCAUGGUCACUCCAAUUAGUUUCAGUGGGAGCGUUUCUACAUCUUCAACUAGGGUAAACGUUCCAUCCAGUUUUAAGGUUUUUUCUGUUGAUGAAAGGAACAAGGGGAUCCUUGUUGAAGCUGAUGGAAACAUCAAUUUGUAUGGGAUAUCUUUUCGUUCAGGUUCUGCAGAUAUAUAUUUAGCGUUACCCUGUACUGUAAUGGCAGUGAAUGAAUACGAAUAUUAUGGAAUCUCUUAUGACACCAUUAGUAGUGUCUAUCCUAGUGUGAUUUUGUUGGUGGCUUGUGAAAAUUAAACUAUCGUUAAAUUUUAUUCUUUAAACAUAACACUCAAUAGUACGGAAACGUAUCAGAUUGAAAGUGAUCAAGAUCUCACAGGAACAAGAAUAACAAGCUCCAAACCUUUGUCUGUGUUUAGUGGAUCUGAUUGUGCUUAUGUCCCUCAAGGUAUAAGGUGGUGUGACCAUCUAGUUGAACAAGUACCUCCGACUGUGACAUGGGGCUCAAAAUUCCUCGUAGCAUCUCUCGAGGGUAGAUCUUCUGGUGAACGUAUUCGUGUUCUUAGUGCCCGAGCAGCAAGUGUAGCUGUGAACUGCAACACUGUUGUAUCAGUCAGUGAAUUCCAGUUGCAGAGUGGAGGGAGUUUCAGAGAAUUUGAAAUCCCUAUUAACAGUUUCUGUAGUAUUGAAUCCACUUCCCCAGUACUGGUCGCUCAGUAUGCAUUUGGUAGGGAGAGCGAUGGCGGCUUGGGAGACCCAUUCAUGAUGAUAAUCCCUCCAAUUGAGCAGUUUGCAAAUAAUUAUGUUGUCGAAACUAUUCCUCUUUUCGUACUCAACUAUGUCACGGUGUAUGUUUCUUCUGAGUUUUUUCGUACUGCACAAAUAGUGUUAGACAAUUCCAUUGUUACUGGCUGGAUGAAUGUUAUCUGUUCAAAUGGAGAAGUUUGUGGCCACAUAAGUAGAACGAUUGUGUCUUCUGGAGCUCAUUCUAUCCGCCAUCAAAACAGCUCAGCCGUUAUAUAGGUGUUUCAGUGUAUGGAUUUGACAUACGAAAUUCUUAUGGUUACCCUGGAGGCAUGAGAUUAUCUCCCAUACAAUGCAUCUGUGGUCAAAAUUCUAUCUAUUUAAAUAACAUGGAACACUUCAACUGUAGCUGCUUGAAUGGAUUUUUUGCUUCCUUGUCUGGAACUGAUGAAGUCGUCUGUAAUGCUAUAACCUGUCCUCCCUUGACUGCUCCUACCAAUGGCUUUGUGACAUACAGUUCUACUUCUGAUGAAAACGGCAACUAUGCUUUCAACACCAUGGCUAACCACAGUUGUGACACUGAGUUGCAUGCAUGCCAUUUUUUCACAUAAUUGCAUACCAUUCCUUGUACCUAUAGUUACCUGUGUCCUACCUUCCUCUCCACUUAAUGGAGUGUUGCUUACCAACACUGACCAAACUGAGAGCUCAGUCAUUACCUUCCAAUGUGAUCCUGGUUUUUCACUGGUGGGUACAGAGACUGCCACUUGUAACAACUCUGGUUUAUGGGAUCCUGACCCGGCUCUAUUGGAGUGUGUGACAAUAACUGGUGCAUGGAAUGUUGCUGCUCUAUCUGGAGGUUUUGUUGCUAUAGUGAUGGUACUGAUUCUACUGGUUGUCAUCUUAGUAGUCACUAUCACAAAGAAAAGAAAAACAAAUGGACUUCCAACAGCCCCAGUUGAUCCAGUAUACGAGGAAGUUGGUUUAGCAAUGACACCAAGAGCACAAGACCCAACUAAUAAAGCUUAUGGACAAACGGCAAAACAAAACAUGACUUUGCUAUCGAUCCCGAAUCAGGUAUAUGGAGAAAUCAAAUACAUGACCUAAGAACUGACUUGCUUUUGUUUAUUAAUGUACUCACAAUUAACCCUUUAACCGUCGGAUUCUUAAUUAA